AUGGAGGGAGAUUCUGUCACUUUAAACACUGAUGUUACUGAACUACAGAGAGAUGAUCAUAUACUGUGGUCAUUUAGAUUUAACAGUUCAGAGACUCGUAUCGCUGAAAUAUAUAAACAGAUCAUCUCUAUAUAUGAUAUUGGUGAGAAUGAGAGAUUCAGAGACAGACUACAGAUAGAUAAUCAGACGGGAUCUCUGACCAUCACAAACAUCAACAAAUUACACUCUGGACUUUAUAAACUACAGAUCAUCAGCAGAGUGAUCAAACACAUGAGCUUCAGUACUGCUGUCUAUGGCAUUCUGCCUGUUCCUGUCAUUAUAAGAGACUCUUCACAAAAUGUUUCAUCAUCAUCAGGUUCAUCAGUGUCCAGAUGUUCACUGCUGUGUUCAGUGUUGAAUGUGGGUCAUGUGACUCUCUCCUGGUUCAAAGGACACAGUUUAUUGUCCAGCAUCAGUGUGUCUGAUCUCAGCAUCAGUCUCUCUCUUCCUCUGGAGGUGGAAUAUCAGGAGAAAAACACCUACAGCUGUGUGAUCAACAAUCCCAUCAGAAACCAGACCAGACAUCUGGACAUCAGUCAACUCUGUCAGACACCUUCAGAAUCCAGCCGAUCUUUAUUUCUCAUUGUAGUAAUUCUGCUGUUGCUGCUGCUGGUCACAGUUGUAGUCGUGUUGAUUUUCUGUCACAGGAAUUACACACAAGCAAAACAAGACGCUCAGGCUAAUGAAGAAGAGGUUGCUUAUACAGAAGCAACAUUAAUUCCACACAGAGCUCCGGAUGCUGAGGCUAAUGGACGAGAUCAGAUGGUGUAUUCAGAAGUUGUGUUAAGAUGA